UUGUCAUUGGAUAUAAAGUUCCCAGAAGACUGGCGAUAUUUCCUCUUUGUAUGGCUAAACUCAUGUAGUUUAUGUUGUAAAUACUUUUAUUCUUAUCUGUAUAUACGGUUAAUAAAUUGUAGAAGUUAAUAUUAUAUUACAGUGUAUAGUCGGCAAAUGGUGGCCAUGGCAACUCAUUGUUUGUCUAUCCGUUGCUAAGACAACGGAUUUUCCUUCACAACACGAAUUGUGUCACAAUUUGGCGUAAACUUUCGAUUUUUUGUGAAAUAUUCGACAAUUUAGCCACAACAUGUGUUAAGAUUUGUUUAAAACUAAAUCGUAAAUUGAUUUUUCUAUAAAAUAUAUCUUAUUAAGUGUAACUUUGUUGUGUUAACCUAUAUUUGGAAGUGUGUCAAGUAAAGCUGUUUAUAUCACGAUGCAGACCACGAAAAAGUCUACCGAUAGCAAAACGAAAGCUAAAACUCAAUUAUCGAAAGAAGAAAGCAAUACAAAGAAAGAGGAAAGGAAACAUAUCGCUGUGACCCCAAGAAAUUAUCUUCAAAAGGCUUCCACAACUGACAUUUAUGGCCAAAAGAAUGCCACACCGAAAGCGCCUAAGAAAUUAGGUACCACGAAAGCAAACAAUUCAUCUCCUAUGAACAACUUACUGAAAGCUUCCGCAUCGUCUAUUAGUCAGAUUAGUAGAUCCUCAACUACUUAUGGCGAUAGAGUAAAAACUAUCCCUUACUCUGCCCGAAAAUUGAAAGACGAACCUAAAAAAACACAAAGAAACGAUUUAGCUUCCAAUGCGAUAGCCAAUUCGCCGAAAACAAAGAAGAAAUUUGAUGUAAGUGAACUCAGUAAUGUUAAAAUGAAAAAUGUAGAAAGAGACAACGCUAAAAUCAAAAAGAAAUUGGAUGUGAGCGAUAAAGACGACGAUACUGGUAGACAGAGGACUAAAACAAGGACAUUGCAUGAUGAUGAGGUGAAAGUGUUGACUCCUGACGCUGUAGACAAUAAUGUUGAAAUGUUGAAGUUGUCUCGUAAAUUAGCAGCUAAACCUAAGGUUUUUUAUGUCGAUCUCGAUGAAGGAAAAGAUAAGACUCAAACAGACAAAGUGUGUGACGAAGACGACAGCUAUGAAGAAGAUUUUGAAAGUUACGAGUCAGAUUUCGACUCGUAUCACAGUUCUCACACUGAUACGAGUUCUAACGAUGGUGACGUACACGUUGAUAAUGUAACAAUUGAUCUGAAUCUAAUUUGCAAAGAGAAUGAAGAGAAAAUGCUGGAUUCUGGUAACUUCGAGCUACGCGAAGCACUGCGUUCAGCCAAUCACAGUAAGCCAGCUUUGGACUUCAUACAAGAAGACAAAGAAGCAGAUAUCAAGAUCUCUCUCACAGACGAAGGUUUUCAGGAGAUGAGUACUUCAAGCUCUUCCAGUAUGAAGACUGUACAUGUUGAUGUCUUGGAUAGACCACUAUUAGUAGAUUUUAGUAAAUCGAAAGCGAAUAAGCGUAAACGAAAAAUAUUCGAGAAUCUAAAACAAAGAGCGAAAGAUAUAUUAAGCAUGGUAACACUGCAUGAAAUGUCUUACACAUUGUUCGAAAUGAAGCCGAUUCCUUACGACUUGUUUAUGGCAACAUUUGGUCGGUCAAAUUUUACGCAAACCGGUGUACAAACUUUUGAAGAUGGCAUCACAGAAGAGGUCCAAACAGAUGGCAUAGAAUAUGACGACAAAUGGACGCAACAUCCCAUUGAGUUUUCAAACAAUAUCUUUUAUCUAAAAGGUGAUAAUCGCUCACGGAAAUAUAGUCGAAAUUGUGAAGACUAUUUGUCGAAAUUAACUUUUUUAAUGAACAAAACAUCGGAUGAUACGCCUGAUGCUGAUAUGGAUGCCGAUUUAAAUUAUAAAAAUAACCAUUUGAGGUUAUAUUUUGAGCAAAAGAAUGGCGCUGGGAACUGCAAAAUGUUGCCAUAUGAAACGUACAAAUCAAAAUUGAGAAAUAACGAUUUUAACGUUAAGAAAUUGGGUAAAUUUCUGAAAAAGGUCGAAAGUAGAAUCAGUCGUAUAGUAAGUUUGAAUAAUUGUGAUCAAGAAUUGACCGAUGUUGUAAGAAGUUCGAAGUUUCCUUUCAGCAAAGGUUAUGUGUCACUAAGUAACAAAAAUAUCACAGACGAGAAAUUAGAUUUUGUUAAACAUGCAAAAAUCACCAACAUUGUAUUUUCCGAUUCGAAAAGCAAUCUAAUCAUGACUAUACAUAAAAAGUCGCCAUGCUCUAUGGACAGAUGUGUGAUUUGUUUAUGGGAUUUGAGUGUUGCCAGAAAGGAGCCUGUCAAAGUUUUAAUAGCAAUAGAUGAUGUUGAAAUUGGUCGAUUUAGAGGCAAUACCGAUGGUAUUUUCGCGGCAGCUUUAGCUGAUGGGUCAAUUCAUCUAUGGGACUUAUCCGAAAAAGCUACAUGGAGACAUGAUACUGAAAAGAGAGAAAACGAUUUCGAAGAAGUGAGCACAAACACGCGUCUCACUCAAACAGAGAGAGACAGAGAAUGGGAUCUUCAAAAUAGAGAUGUUAGCGGCGAUACGGUUCGAUCACAAUAUCCCCUCCAAGCCUGUUCUUAUACAAGCAGCGCUUCAGUCGUCACCGGGGUGACCACAGCCGGGAGGGUGGUGGCUCUCGAGAUGGGGUGGCAUGCAAAAGUGGAGGGCAGUGUUGCCAGGAAAGUUGUGGGCCAGGUGUGUACCUUACAAAACAUAGGUAUUUUAUUAAUAUGGUCAAUAAUACAAGACAAAAGUAACACAUCCAAGGACAUGGGCAAGGCGUAUUGGUCCAAAAUGAAAUUGGAAAUCAAUCAAAAAAUCUCACUCAUAGAACACUUGAAUAUACAAAAAUCUGAACCUUUUACAAUAGAACUGAAUUCAAAUUUUAACCUCAACGCGGCAAAAAGACGAACAUCGCUACGGAGGAAAGAAAAGGUGACAGUUAAAAAAGUUUCCCGCCUAAAAUCGGCUAUCAGUUUUGACAGUGACAGAUCGGAUCGGCCAAGCAGUGCCGCCAGUGCUGCCAAUAAAAAAAUAUUGCCAGUAGAAAAUAGUUGGGAGACUGGUAUCGUUUGCAACGAUUUUAAAAUAAUGAACUAUGAAAACAGUUAUAGUUAUUUGGUGGCGAAAAAUUGUGGCGAGGUUUUGUCGUGUUCAAGAUCAGCCGGCUCUUUAAAAGUCAAUAAAUUGAGUGUUUCAACUGACAUGUCAAAUGUGACCAGCUUGGCGGUAUCUACUGACGGUCUACCUUACUUCCUGGCGGCCACUGACUCUGGAACCAUCAACCUAUGCUCGGUGGUACCGUGUAGGGUUCUUCUUACAUUGGACUGUCGGAACCGUCCUCAAAAUCUAGAAGUAGAGAAAUAUAAUGCCCAUCACAAAGGUCGCUUCAUAGGCAGUGUUACAGUGGUAAAGAAAUCUACCUCGGAAGAAAUAAUAAUUAAUCCACAGUUAUCAGUGAACGCAGUGUUAUGGUCAAGCGUGAACCCGUGUUGCGUGUUCGCCACACUGAAAGACGGCAGUUUGGCUGCGUGGGAGCUGACUCACAGCGACAUACAAGCUAGAUGUGUUAUAGAUGACGCUGCUAUAGCCGCGGCUACGGCGCGUGACGUGCUGGCUCUAGUGAACUCCGAGGGUGAGGUCCAAAUCCACCGCGUCGGUAACCAAAGUCAAGCGAAACAUCACCGUGAUUUGUUCAGCAAAUAUGCAGCACUGUUAUAGUAUAUGAAUAAAUGGUGUACCAAAUACUUGUAUAA